CCAAAAUGUCAUACAUUAUUUGACGUUCGCCACUCGCCCUUGUACGUAGUGAAAAUUGAAAAUUUCUGCCGAACAAAUAAAAAAAAAGUUAAAUAAAAAUUCGUUUCAAAAGCGAAAUAAGAUUAAAAUUAUUAUAAUAAUUCUAAAGGAUAUAAACUAACUAAUUAGCAAAAUGUCUUCCCGUAAAACUGCCGGCCGUCGUGCUACCACCAAAAAACGCGCCCAACGCGCCACUUCGAAUGUGUUUGCCAUGUUCGAUCAGGCACAAAUUGCCGAAUUCAAAGAAGCCUUCAACAUGAUCGAUCAGAACCGUGAUGGUUUUGUCGAAAAAGAAGACUUACAUGAUAUGCUCGCUUCUCUGGGCAAAAAUCCAACUGAUGAUUACCUAGAGGCAAUGAUGAACGAAGCUCCAGGGCCAAUUAAUUUCACUAUGUUCCUGACAUUGUUCGGAGAACGUUUGCAAGGAACUGAUCCUGAGGAUGUCAUCAAAAAUGCCUUUGGUUGUUUUGAUGAAGAGAACAAUGGUGUUUUGCCAGAAGACCGUCUUAGGGAAUUGCUGACUACCAUGGGUGAUCGAUUCACUGAUGAAGACGUUGAUGAAAUGUACCGUGAAGCACCUAUUAAACAUGGUCUCUUCGAUUACAUUGAAUUCACAAGAAUCCUGAAGCACGGUGCCAAGGACAAGGAUGAACAAUAAUUUCAUUGUUCUUAAUUUAAUAUUAUUUUUUUAUCCAGCUACUUCUUGCUGUCGUUGGACGAAUAUUGGUUAUUAAAAAAAAUGCAUUUUAUUUACUUAAUUUAAAACAAAUCAUUUAUUAUUUAUGUGUAAUUUCAAAUAUAAAUGGUUGAUUCUUUUGUUAUUCUCGGAAACAAAGUAUUUUUGCAGGUGAUGCAAUCCUUAAAGUUAUAAUAUAUACAUACCUACAUAUGAAUAAUAAUUAAACAAUUGAUUGGUGCCCUGUCCUCAACAAAAAAAAAAAACGAAUAUCAAUAUUAACAUCUACUAUUUCUAGUAUUAUUGUAAUUGUAUUUAUGCAAAUUGCUUAGGAUAUUUGCAACUAAACAUAUAAAACUAACCUCUAUUUAUGUCCUAAUGUUUUGUCAAAUAUUUUCCAUUUUUUACAUAAAUAAAUUUCAUAUAUAAAAAAUACCUUUUUAUACGAAA